GGAUGCAUUAUGUUAUUUAUGAAAUAAAUUACAAGGUUUCGUGAUCAUUAUUCAUUGUGGUAUAUCAUAUUGCUCGAAACAUAAGAGUCGUGUAGUAAUAAGAAACAAAAUAACAACAAAAUGUGAACACUCCAAUGUUAGUAUAUAUACACACAUGUAUCAUUAAGCUACUACUACAACAGCUCACAAAUCAUUAAACCUAAAAUGGCUUCAUCAUCAGCAAUAUCAAAUCAUAGGAUUACCAAAACACUAAUGACUUUACUCAUCAUAAACUUUUUAUACCAAAUUCAAACCACAUCAGCGGUAACCAACUCCAAUUCCUACUCCCACUUCUCAAGAUUCACGAGACAUCAAAGCUCAUCAUCAAGAACCAAACAAGGGUUCCUCGCAUCUAUCCAAGAGAGUAUGAACCAUGCCCUCCGGGCUCGUUCUCUUGCCUUCAACCUAACUCUUUCUCAUCGAACAGCAGAACUCCACAUAGUCGAUCCCAUCCACGACUGCCUUGAGCUACUCGACGACACACUUGAAAUGUUGUCUCGCAUCACUUCAAGUGAUGACGAAGAAGAUGUUCACACAUGGCUAAGCGCAACACUCACGAACCAAGACACUUGUGAGCAGAGCCUCCAAGAAAAAUCUAACUCUUACAAACACGGAGUUGCGAUGGAUUUUGUCGCAAGAAACCUAUCAGGUUUACUUACUAACGCACUUGAGUUGUUCGUAUCCGUGAAGUCUAAACCCCAGAGGCUCUUGUCGGAGCAUGAGCAUUUUCCGAGGUUUGUUACUUCGUCGGAGGACCGGAGGCUUCUAGAAGCUCCGGUGGAGGAACUGAAGAUUGAUGCCGUGGUGGCUGCAGACGGAAGCGGAACCCACAAAACCGUAGGAGAAGCGUUGUUGGCUACUUCAUUAGCGAGUAGUGGGGGAAGGACCGUGAUUCACUUGAAAGCUGGGACCUAUAAGGAGAACAUUAACAUCCCGACGAAGCAGAAGAACGUUAUGUUAGUUGGUGAUGGGAAGGGCAGAACGGUCAUAGUAGGUAGCAGAAGUAACAGAGACGGCUACACUACUUACAAGACUGCCACCGUCGCUGCUAUGGGAGAUGGGUUUAUAGCGCGCGACAUAACAAUCGUGAACAGUGCCGGACCCAGCUCAGAGCAAGCGGUGGCCCUCCGUGUCGGAGCAGACAAAUCCGUCGUGUACCGAUGCUCCAUCGAAGGAUACCAAGACUCACUCUACACGCACUCCAAGCGACAAUUCUACCGAGACACAGACAUCACCGGAACCGUCGACUACAUAUUCGGAAACUCCGCCGCAGUGUUCCAGUCCUGCAACAUCGUCGCCCGUAAGCCCUUAUCGGGUCAGACAAACUUCGUGACGGCGCAAGGGCGGAGCAACCCGGGUCAGAACACCGGAAUCUCUAUACAGAACUGCAAGAUCACGGCGCAGUCGACGACUUACCUUGGCCGGCCGUGGAAAGAGUAUUCAAGAACGGUGGUGAUGCAGUCUUUCCUCGACGGGUCGAUUCACCCGUCGGGUUGGUCUCCUUGGUCGGGUGGUUUCGGUCUCAAAACUCUUUUUUACGGGGAGUUUGGUAACUCGGGUCCUGGAUCAUCGGUUUCGGGUCGGGUUAAAUGGGCCGGGUAUCAUUCAUCUUUAACGGUGAAGGAAGCGGAAGGAUUUACUGUGGCUAAUUUCAUUGGCGGGACGAUGUGGUUGCCGUCAACGGGCGUUAGUUUCGACUCUGGCCUUGUGAAGUGAGCUUAAUUACAAAUUUACAAUUAAGCUCGUAUGUGACAAUUAUCUUAACUGUGUUAUAGUCAUCAUAACUGAAUUAUGACUUGUGAAGUUGUGUGUAAUACUGUGUGCAAAAUAUUCCCUUUCUAUUAUUUGUUUAUCAAAUGUAAGUUAAAAAAGAUGCCGAAUAAAAUCUGUAUAUGUUACAGGAUUUUUACUACUAA